AUGGGUGCGGAGAAUAAGGGGGCAAAAGUUACUGGUUGGGCGAUGGGAGGGGCAUUGGGGAGGGGAGGGCACGAGGGCGACGGUACGGGACGGGAGGUGCGAGCGCGAAUGCGACGGGAGACGAGAGAACGUGAGCACGAGGGAGAUGGCAGGGGAGAAUCUGGGUGCGAAGGCGAUGCGAAGACGGGCAACGUGAGCGCGAUGGCGGGGGGAGGGGAGAAUGUGUGGUGCUUGGGAGAAGGGAGGGGAGUUUCUGAGCCAAAAGGUGAUGGGAGGGGAGACCAUGAGCGCGACGGUGAUGCGAUGGCGGGGGGAGGUGAGAACGUGAGCUCGAUGGCGGGGGAAGGGGAGAACGUGAGCGCGACGCCGAUGGGAGGGGAUGGCGUGAGCGGAAAGGGAGAGAGGAAAGGCGACGGGAAGACGAUUCGGAGUGAUCGCGAGAGCGACGAGGUGGGUGAUGGGAAGGGAGUUAGGAGGGCUGACGGGAGGGCGAUGCGAGGCAAGCGCAAGGGCGACGAGGUGGGUGAUAGGAAUGGAGAGGAAGAAAGGCGAU